AUGCCUCACGUCACAGUGCAUCUUAAUCCGGAUUACUACAUACAAGUUAACUUCCUGGACUCGACCAUUCCUGUGGUACCAAAAUCGAUUUUUGUCGACGACGAUAACAUACAAGCGCUCAACAUAACCAACUGCGCUGUGGAGACUCUCUUGCCCAAGACAUUCGAAAAAGCAAGCUCUUUAGAGUUUCUCUGGCUAGAUGAUAACAAAAUUAAAGUUCUGAAGGAAUACACUUUCCAAGGUGCUUCUAAACUGAAAGUGAUAUCACUGUCCAACAAUCGCAUCAGAACGGUCUCACAGGCCGCCUUCAGAUAUCUUCCCAACCUGGAAAAUCUGGACUUAUCCAAAAAUCAGAUAAAAUCACUGAUUGCUAUACUGGCUAAUCUGCCCGUUUUGAAGCGGUUCUCUAUCGAAUUCAAUAAUCUUCAAACGCUUGAUGAUAACCUGUUUCGCAACAACACUGCUCUCGAAAUGCUCUGGCUGCAAGGAAACGAUCUGCAGCAUCUCAAUCCGGCAACCUUCGAGCCACUAGGACGUUUGAUGUAUCUGGACUUGAGCAAGAAUAUGUUACAAACGCUGGAUGCACACGUGUUUUCCAAUCUCGGCGAAAUAACCGAGUUAUAUCUGAGCGGAAACAGAAUCGAACACCUUAAAGCAGGAACGCUAAAAGGAGUACCAAAGCUGACGAUCUUAUACAUAGAUAGCAAUUCUGUGAAGAGCAUUGAUGCUCACUUCUUGGAUGAUGUGCCAGCGUUGCAGACGUUUAGUGUGAACGAUAACUUCCUCACUACGAUCCCCCAAGAGCUUUUUGACCGAACAUUGAACUUGACGGAGAUAUCCUUGAUAAAAAAUGCAAUACACAAGCUACAGCCGGGAGCAUUCGACAGGGAACUGGACCUCACCCUUACCAGGAUCACCGAGUUAGAUCUGGCGCGCGUGGCUGUUCUGCUACCACGUUUGCAAGUGCUGGACGCUUCCGAUUGUGUCAUUGAAUCGCUUGGCCCCAUCAAUAACGUUAACCAUAACCGGCUUUACUCAUUGGACAUUUCCAACAACACGCUAUCGGUCGACGAGCUACGAAAGGUGCAGAACAUGCCCCUAUUGGAGAGUUUAACAAUCGGAGGGAAUACAAUGCGCAACUUUGAGAUUGUCUCACUUAUGGAGCGUUUACCACAACUUAAUGACCUUGAACUCGAUGGUGAUGACUGGAAUUCUUUAAAUAUAACAGACAUUAUGCUGAACGACACACAGUAG